AUGGCCGUGGCAGCCACCAUCGCAGACCACAAAUAUGUAUCCCAGCCUACUAUCUAUAGUACCGCCCCUGAGACGAAGCCGAAGACAUGGUCUUGCACGGAACCAAACCCCGACUUUGUUCCGCCAAAGGAUUUUGAACUCCCUUCGACCUUAGCAGAAGUCCCGCUCAAUCCAAAGGGGCCCACUGAGAUACCCCAGAAGACUGCCAGGGAUUAUAAUACAGAAGAUUAUAAAUGGAAGCAAUACCUGCCUUACAACACUCUCACAGCAGAACCGCCGUUAUCCACAUUCGAUCACGUAGAUCCUGCCUUCCGCGCAGAUCCAGAGAAGAAAUCUCUCUUCGAAGCCAUCAACCGAAAGAAAGACAUCACGCCCGUCCUGGGUACUGAAGUCUGGGACACCCAACUCUCUUCCCUCACAGAUAAGCAGAAAGAUGAACUCGCUCUGUACGUGGCCGAACGCGGGCUUGUCGUAUUUCGCGACCAGGAUUUCGUGUACAAAGGCCCGGACUUCCUCAAGGAGUAUGGAACUCACUUUGGCCGACUCCAUGUUCACUGUUUUGGUGUCCAUGUCAAGAACCACCCGGAGCUUGUCAUUGUCUUUCGAGACAGUGAUGAUACGAUGUAUGACAACAUGGCGGAAGGCUCCCUGAACAGCACGAAGUGGCACUCGGAUAUGUCCUAUGAGCUAAACCCUCCUGGAACCACCUUCUUGUGUCAACUAACCACUCCCGAAGCCGGUGGCGACACCCUCUAUCUCAGCGCCAUGGAAGCAUAUAAUCGCCUCUCCCCGCCAAUGCAGAAGUUCCUGGAGAGUCUGUCCGCCGUCCAUGACGGGAAAAGCCAGUCACAGUUCUUCAAGAAAUCGAACCUUCACCGCCGCGAGCCUAUCGAUGGUGUUCACCCAUUGGUACGGACGCAUCCUGUGACGGGUCGGAAAGCACUCUAUUGCAGUCCCGGGUACACGAAGAAAAUUGUCGGCUUAAAGAAGGAAGAAAGUGACAACAUCUUGCAAUUCCUGUAUGACCAUCUUCAGAAGGGUCAAGACUUCCAUGCUCGUGUCCGGUGGGAGCAGGACACGGUCGUGGUCUAUGAUAAUCGGAUGGUGUUGCAUUCGGUAGUUCUGGAUUACCCUUUGGGUCACGGUAGUCGCCGCCAUCUCCUCCGCCUGACUCCCCAAGCGGAACGCCCUGUUUGCAAGUAG